AUGAAGAGCAGAACCGUCUCUGAUCUCAGUGUUUGUGUGUUCCAGGUCGCCGGUGAACAGAAGUAUCACCCAGAAUGCUUCACCUGUCUGAGCUGCCGAGCGUUUAUCGGUGAUGGAGACGCGUAUGCUCUGGUGGAGCGAUCCAAACUCUACUGUGGAAACUGUUAUUAUCAGACGAUCGUGACUCCGGUCACCCUGCCCGACUCGCCCUGCUCCAGGAUUCCUCACACGGUCACGCUAGUGUCCAUUCCCGCCUCCACCGAUGGGAAACGAGGCUUUUCCGUAUCCAUCGAUCAGGGCUCCAGUCCCAACGGCUUCAGCCCCGAACACACACACACCGUCAGAGUCUCAGAGGUGGACCCAGAAUGCAUCAGUCCAGACGUCAAAAACUCUAUUCAUGUUGGCGAUCGGAUCCUGGAGAUCAAUGGGACCCCGAUCCAGAACGUUCCUCUGGACGAGAUUGAUCUGCUGAUCCAGGAGACCAGUCGUCUGCUGCAGCUGACCAUUGAACACGACCCUCAUGAUCACAGCCCAUCAGAGGACCACGUGGACGGGCCGACACCCCCGUCCGAGGGGCCCAGUCCCAUCAUGCCCAUCACGCGUCCGCCCAGCCAGGACGUUAACAAUCUGCGCUCACGAAUCAUCACGCGCAGCUACAGUAUUGACAAAUCUCCGUGCUCCAGCAACACUCCGUCUCCACUGUCUCUGAGGAAGGACAUCGGCCGCUCGGAGUCGCUGCGCGUCGUGUCCAACCGCACGCACCGAAUAUUCAGAGCCUCCGACCUGAUCCACGGAGAGGUUCUGGGUAAAGGCUGCUUCGGACAGGCCAUAAAGGUGACUCACAGAGAGACGGGAGAGGUGAUGGUGAUGAAGGAGCUCAUUCGAUUCGAUGAGGAAACACAGAGGACCUUCCUGAAAGAGGUGAAGGUCAUGAGAUGUUUGGAUCAUCCCAACGUGCUGAAGUUCAUCGGCGUCCUCUACAAAGACAAACGGCUCAACUUCAUCGCUGAGUACAUCAAAGGAGGAACGCUGAGAGACAUCAUCAAGAACAUGGACAGUGAUUAUCCAUGGAAACAGAGAGUGAGUUUUGCCAAGGACAUUUCCUCUGGGAUGACGUACCUGCACUCCAUGAACAUCAUCCACCGAGACCUCAACUCACACAACUGCCUGGUCAGAGAGAAUAACAGCGUUGUCGUGGCGGAUUUCGGACUGGCCCGACUCAUGGUGGAGGACAAGAAUCAGGACAAGCUGUCUUCAGGACAGAUCCCGGGCGUGAGGAAACCCGACAGGAGAAAGAGAUACACCGUCGUGGGAAACCCGUACUGGAUGGCUCCCGAAAUGAUUCACGGGAAGAGCUAUGAUGAGAAGGUGGACAUCUUCUCGUUCGGCAUCAUGCUGUGUGAGAUUAUAGGGCGAGUCAACGCGGAUCCCGACUGCUUGCCCCGCGCCAUGGAUUUCGGGCUGAACGUGAAAGAGUUUUUGGACGAUCACUGCCCGCCUGACUGCCCCACCGCUUUCUUCCCCAUGGCGGCGCUCUGCUGCGACCUGGACGCCGAGAAACGGCCUGCGUUUGCUAAGUUGGAGUCGUGGCUGGAGAACCUGAAGAUGCACCUGGAGAUGGGCCUUCAUCUGGUGUCUGAGCUGGAGGUCAUUCAUCAAGACUUCUGGCAGAGACACUCGAGGGGCAAGAACGGCCUUCACACGCACCCAGAGCAGCCCGAGUAACCGCAGAGAAUGCAGACGGACGAGCAGAUGCAGCGCAGGACGUCCCGGCACAUCUGCGAAUCAAUCCAAGCAUCCGAUGACACCUGCAACCCAUGAUGUCUCCUCACCACAUAACGCAUCUGGACAGAUUUUUGAGCUGGAGUCUGACGCAGAGCAUUAGCUCACACACUCAUGCAUGUCUGUUGUGGCUUACAGUGUGAUGUUCUUCAUACGGUACUGGUGGUGCGUUCACGUCUCGUCCACACGACGACGCUCUGACUGUGAUGUUUAUGUCGAUCCGGUGAUGAGAUGUGAACGCACCAGAGCACACGAGACUCGCACAGGUCCUCGUGUCCGUUAGGUACGCGAAGCGUCGUGUCGUCGCACUAAUAGUCCUCGUGUCAGGCAUUUCCCUCAGUGUAAA